UGGUACGGUUGCAAGAGAUAUUUUUGUAACGAUUAGAAACGCGCGUCAUAAAAAUGAAAGCCGAUGCAGUUUGAUAACUUUUUAAACGUUACAUCUCUUCAACUUUUGAUGAUUUGCUUAAAAUUGAGUCGUUUUUAUUAAAAACGAUUAACGUGUUGAAUUGAGUAAUUUUACAAUCCGGUGUUCGUUACUGUUUCCGCUCAAAGUAUUCCUCCGUUUACACGAACUUCUUUUAAAACUUUUAAGUAAACAACUUCCAAAUCGAACUUGAGCACCUCUAAAGAGACAGUUUUUCUUUUUCUAUUCACCGUGAAUUUUGCAUGGCGGAGGAGGAGAUGGAGUUCGAGAGUGAGGAGGACUACUGGAGUCAUGCAUUUGACACGUUCGACGCCAACUCGGACGGAGGAAUAGACAGCGAGGAGUUGGAGUACCUGAUGCAGAUAUGCAAACUGAACCCCACCAAGGAGACAGUGGCACACAUCAUGCAGCAGUACUCCUCAACAGGGGAGAAGAGACUGGGCAAGGAAGAGUUUGUGUUGAUGAUGAAGGAGAAGAGGGACAAUGGGGAGUGGGCGGGAGAUCCCUACGAGGACCUCCUCUCCGCAUUCUCCCUCUUUGACACUGAGGGCACAGGCGAACUCACCAUGGGCCAGAUGAUAGGAAUAAUGCAGGAAGGGAACGAAGGUCUCAAACCCGAGGAGCUAGCCAUGUUCGAGGAGGACUUCCGUUCAUGCGAUAAAGACCAGAGUGGGACCAUCAACAUUAAAGAGUUUAUAGAAUUUCUGACCCGCAUGGAGAAAAUGUUCUUUGCAGUAGAGUAUGAAUAGAAACAGACUACCAUGUUCCCUUUCAGAACAGACUACCAUGAUGCUUUCAAAAACAUUUCAAUUUGAUUGAAUUUACAAAAGCUGAGAUAAUUUAUAAAUUUACCCAAUAUACCAACAUACAAUCAAGUGUACAUAUUCGUUUAACAUUUUCAAUAUUUACAGGACAAUUCUGCAGGUACAUUAAGUGUGAUUUUACAAAUAAAAGGCGUAUUUUUGUCUUUGGAACUAUAUCUAUCCCAGCACCAAAUGAAACCGACAGAUGAGUUCGGUUCAAUCAAGUCCAUUACUGAAGCUCCAGUCUCUUCUUCCGAAUAACACCCAACUGAUUGUGACAUAAAUGAAUUUCUUUUUCGCAACUAACUUUCAUCAUAAUAAACACUAAAACAAAAAGUGUCUUCAAUUCGGAAAAGAUUCUACCUUAAACACCAAGUUUCGAGACCAAGUUUUAGAAAACCAACACCCUCAUAUUUCCUUUACCUUUCUAGAGUUGUACCUAAAUAGAAAAAGAGAAUGUAGAAACUCACGAUCAGAAAAAAAAACAUACCCGAUUCGAUUGGAUCAAUCUGCAUGUAUCAA